AUGGGGGCUCGUGUGACUAGGCGGAUCCCACAUGGAGCGCUCUCACCGGCGUAUGGUGAUCUACGGUAUGGACACCGAUCCCGGCGCGUCGAAUGGAGGAUCGUACGGCCCCCAUUGAUCUCGCUGGGUGCCCUUUCUUACUCCGCCAAAGAACGCGCAUCCGGCGCUGGCGUCUUCAGGGGUGAUCAAUUUGACUACUCGCCCCUUGUUUCGGUGACGUCGUUGCCGCUACACAAUCUGCGAGAUUACGAUGGGCUGCCCGCAUUGCAGACCCAGAUCAAUCUCUUCAGUGACGGUGGAUGUGGCAUCGGUAUCUUGACGGCACAUGUGCUGGCCGAUGCACAAUCUCUGACAGUCUUUGCCCAUCAAUGGGCGGUCAUCGCCCGGAAGACCUUCAAUCCCGAUAAUCAGGACUCGCCUCUCCCUGGAAUUCCAAUUUUUGAUCCUGUACGACUGGAUGCCCAUGCAGCUUUUGACAUUGAUGCCGUCACGCCUAAUCCAGUUAUCGUGACAGAGGCGCGUCAGCUACCUCUUUAUCGCUACACUUGGUUGGGAAUUGAAGACCCGGCCCAUCACCCAUUCCCACUCCCAGCAGCAGACAACUCCAUUCCGAAUGGAGUUGAACUCCAACAUGAAAUCUCUCCGUGCCAUUUUGCUUCUGAGGAUACUUCCGAUACACCCGUCAACUAUGCGCUGUUACAUUACUCAGCUUGCACGGUUUCCGGUUUGAAGCGGAGAGCCGUCGCAGAGGAUGACCCUGACAUCUCCUGA